AGAUUUCACAUUCCGAUAUCAUUAAUGUCGUCUGCUCAAGAAGAAGUAAAAUAUUGUCUGGUUUGUAAAACAUCACAACCCCAAUUCAGCUAUGGCGCUAGCAGUUGUAAUCCAUGCAAAAUGGUUUUCCGUCGAGCAGUAAACUCCAAAAAACCACCAAAAUCGUGUAAUCCUGGAGAAUGCCCACAAAGAUGUUUGAUUGCUGAGUUCAAACAGAAAUGCCCGAGAAGAAAAUUUUAUGAGUGUAUUAAUGCCAAUAUGAGAAUUGCAUCUUUUGAUAUAUACUCAAACAAAUUUAAACUUAUUCAAGAUUUAAUGUCAUCAGAUGCCGAACGUCAGAAAAUAUUUUAUACAUGCCAUGUGACUGCUGAUUUAAAUUUUGAAGAAAUGCUCGAUCCAAAAUUGGUAAAAUUAUGUAAAAAGGAAAUGGAUGUCGUCUUCACUUCUCAUGAUUGGGUCGCAAUUGAGGCUUUUACCACUCUCGAAUUCAUGAAAAGAAUACAUUUUGUCAAAAUGCUCAAUGCUGAUGAAGCCAAUCUUAUUUUGAAACAUUCGUUUUUCACAUUAUCAAUUGUAUUUAUGGCUGGACGAUCUUAUUUCGAUAAAAAAGAAUUUAUGGUUUUUCCUGGAAAAGUGGAUGUUUUUCCCGAAGAGAUUUCCGAUCAAUAUCCUCUUGAUCUUUUGAAUAGAAUACGAUGCCGUCUUAUUUCAAAGUUUAUUGAACUUCGAAUCACAACCGAGGAGUUUUUAUUGAUGGUUAUUACGUAUUUCUGUCAAAUAUCUUCUAUGCUUGUUGGUUCCUCUGCGAAACGAAUUAUUGAGGAGUAUCUGAGCAUCUACCUGUCUACACUUGGUAUUAACUGUAACUUCCGUUUUCAAAAACACGGACGAAUAAGAUACUUAAAUAUUAUAUUUCUGAGUCAGCUGAUCGAGAAAACAAUAGAAGAUCUUGCACAACUGUUUACAUUAUUCCAAUUGAACCAACCCACUUUGCCAUUGAGAAAGCUUGUCAAAGAAUCUCUCUAAAGCUAGAGUGGCACUUUUUCAUCUAAAACUAUCCCACGUGGGUACCCACCCCUUUUCAAACUUGCAUUGUUAUUCAUUCAACCCUCAAACUUUUCCUCGAGUAAUAAAAGAUCAUCUACAGUAA